GAGAAAAAGAGAGUAUUAGAAAACAGAGUCUGUUUGACUUUGUGGUGAAAAAAAAAAAAAGCCCUAGAGCGAGCGUAGAUAAUAAUAAUGCAGAUUACAGGGGCUGUGAGCGAUGUUUUAGUCGCAAUUCCGUCGCCCAUCAAUCACAAGUCCCACGCACUCUCCGAUUCCAACCACUUCUUCCUUUCUUCGCGAUUUUCUUCCAAAAGCUGUCCUUCGGUUUGCUUUCCCAAGCUAGGAACUGGACUGCACAAAUGUCGAGCAAAAGGCCUCGCCGUUAAAGCCUCGGGGGAUUCAAGCGAUAAUUUGUCACGAUUUGCUCCUCUUGAAUUUGAAUCCUCAGUUGGACAGCUUUUGGCACAAAUUUUGCAAACCCAUCCUCAUCUACUUCCUGCAGCCGUUGAUCAGCAACUUGAGAACCUUCAAACUCAUAGAGAUGCCCAAAGAGAAGAAAUUCCUUCCUCUCAAGAUCUCCUGCACAAGAGAAUUGCUGAAGUCAGAGAGAAAGAAAGGCAGAAGGCACUGGAAGAGAUAAUAUACUGCUUAAUUAUACAGAAAUUUAUGGACAAGGACAUUCUGAUGAUCCCUAAGAUAUCAGAAACCUCAGAAUCUAUAGCGCUACUGGAUUCUUGGCCUAACCAGGAACACAAACUUGAAUCUGUUCAUUCCCCAGAAGCUUUUGAGAUGAUACAGAGCCACUUAUCUCUUGUACUUGGAGAGCGACUUGUGGGACCCCUUGAUACAGUUGUUCAGAUGAGCAAAAUCAAACUUGGAAAGCUGUAUGCUGCUUCAAUAAUGUACGGAUAUUUUCUCAAAAGAGUUGAUGAACGGUUUCAACUCGAAAGAACCAUGAAUACCCUUACUGAUGGUUUAAGUAAAGACCAGGUAAGUUUUGAUGAUCCAGUUCCAACAAAACAGCUCUGGGAUCCUAACUCAUUGAUCCGGGUGUUUACUGAUGAUGGUGGUGAGAGUGAUGGGGGAAAUUUCAUGAAUACUGGUGAAGGCAAAUCAUACCGACUGAGAUCCUAUGUUAUGUACUUGGAUGCAGAGACUCUUCAGAGAUAUGCUACUAUAAGAUCCAAAGAAGCUAUUUCUUUGAUUGAAAAGCAGACGCAGGCCCUGUUUGGGAGGCCUGACAUUCGGAUUGCAGAGGAUGGUUCAAUUGACACUUCUAACGAUGAAGUACUUGCAAUUACUUUCACUGGAUUGACAAUGCUAGUCUUAGAGGCAGUCGCAUUUGGAUCAUUUCUAUGGGUUGCAGAAAGCUAUGUUGAAUCUAAAUACCAUUUUGUAAAAAGCUAAAAACAGUAUUAGAUCUAUUUAAUGCCCACCGAGGCUGUAUAGUUUGUGCUGUAUUGAACAUGUUGUAAUGGGGUUUUCAGUAUAUAAAAUAGUUUGAUAUUUUGUAUCCAA